AUGGCAGAAGAAAAUAAAGAAAAUGAAGAAAUUUUUGAAAUCGAACCUGUAAAUAGUUUAGAAGAUGAUCUUGCAAAAGAAAUUAAUGCAAUAAAAGAUGUUGGGCCUGAAGUUGGUACUAUGAUGGUUAGGGUUUUUGAAAAUUGGUUUUGGAAAAAAAAGACCAGUUUACCAAAGAUUCCACAAGAAAUGAAAAUAAUUCCUCUUUCUUAUUCUGAUAGUUCAGAAGAAAAGUUUGUAUUGAAAGGAGGUUUAAAAAACAAUUCUAAUUUGACAACAAUGAUGGGGAUGUGGGAUGAUGUUCUUUAUCCUGACAAUGAGAAUAGGGAACGAAGAGUAUAUGAAUUAGCAAAUGAUAUUAAUUCAUAUUCGGUUGAACUUGCUGGAAAAACAGAAAAAUUAGAUUCUCUUUUUACAAUAUUAAAUCAAAAGUUAGAAGAACUUGGAGAUGAUUUAGAUUAUCCUGAAUUAAAACAAAAAACUGAAAUACCAAUUUAUGAAGA